AUGGGUGCGGUCUUGUGUUCGGCCUACCAGGAGGCUUUAGCUCCACCGAAUAAAGAUGAACUUCCUGAGGCCUUUCUGGAAAACUGCGAUAUGCGGCUUGAUGAUCCAGACGAACCACUGAUGAAAAGUGAAGAAAUGGCCUAUCUACUCAAAUACCCGGUUUUUAACUUUGAGGCCUACCAUGACCACAGCCCUAUAUACGGGUGGCUGGCCGACUUCUUGAGGCAACAAACCGAACACCACCCACAGUUUGAACCAGGUGAAACAAAGAUUCUAGAUAUGUAUCCAGAAGACGCAACUCCAGACCAAAUCGACCGGGAUCAUGCCAAAGUACUUCACGCUGUGAUGGUGCAAUGCCUUUUGUCCUCCAUGACUCUUUUAAAUCACCAGGGAGGUUCCCGAAUCUUCGAAAAAGAGCAUAGUAACGCGGGAGAAUUCUCUCGAGGAGUGACGAUUGUACCAUUAGGGUCAUUCUACCCUGAACGUAUCACUAUGCCGGCCAAUCCCCGGAAUGCAUAUCCUGAUCAAUUUUCCAUUCUGGAAAAGGGUGCCUUCAAUAUCUCCCUUCGGAUGAAGUAUGAAAAUGGCAGCUCCGCCGUCAAACGAUUUCCACAACCUGGUGCCACAAUGUUUCCUGAAGAAAAAGUCCGCAACGAGAUCGCUAUAAUGCGAUUCAUCCAUGAUAAGACGUCAAUUCCAGUUCCUUUUAUUCUUCAUUGGGGCACUAGAAAAGAAAGCCCUUUGGAAUUGAGUCCAUUCAUUAUCAUGCAAUAUAUAGACCAUGAUACAAAUAUGUAUGAUGCUCUAAACUCGCCCGAAUGCCCAAAAACAGACCGUGGAGCUCUCGACUCGAAUAUCAAUGAGGAUAAGCUAUAA